GAGGGACGCAGACGCAAAACGCGGUAUCCGGUGAGCCUUGCCAGGUGUGCGCGCUUUCCAAGACACCGUUAAAUCGCGCUUUGUCAUGAACUUGUAAAUUUUUAUUAAAAAAUCGUUUAAUCGCCAUCCCCGAGGAGAGUUAGAGUGCCGCGUAGCGUCCCCGGCAAGAGGGUUGUACGUCCAAGUGCAGAUAUAAGGGCGACAGGCGGCCGCAGCGGGGCUGCGGGACGUGUAUAAUCGGCAAGAACGUAGAUCACUUGAGAUUGAUUUCUGCGGUGAGAGUGUUUCGUGACGAAUUAACAAGUUGGCUCAACUCGCGCCAGCGUCGUCAUGCCUCUACUACGCAAGAAGCUUUUUCACAAGUUGCACGUCUCCUCCGAUUUCCGCGACGACGACGAGGUUUUUCACUGCGAGGCGACCAACGAGAUCUUCAAAGAUUACAAUGAAUUCUGUGAGCGGAUUAUUCUCUGCAACUCGCUCGUUUGGUCCUGUAGUAUCACGGGGAAGCCGAAUUUCACUUACCAAGAGGCAUUGCUCAGCGAAGAAAAUGCGCGAAAGAGUCUCAAGGAAUUUCCCAUGGAGUUGCGAAUUCCGAUCUUAUAUCUGGCGAGCAAAACAAACAGAACUUCGCUGAAUGAAAUGGUCGAGGAUGUUUAUCAAUUCGCACGAGACAGAUACUUUGUAGGAGAAAUGGUCGAGGCCAGUUUUACCGAAGACUCCUGGUGCGAGUGUCACGUUCUACAGGUCAUCGAGCCUACCAAGCAACAGAUUAAUUCUUACGCGAAAGACAAUAACAGAAGCAUGCUGGAAAGACAGUAUCAACCUCCGGCAAAAUUAUUUCGUUACGAAGUGGAGCAGUUUGAUUGCGGAGGUGACACAGACGUUAGUCAGCUAAUGAUAGUUGAGGCUUCACAGGUGCGACGACGCAAACAACACUACAGUAGAGAAAGGAACAAGAUAUUUUUGCGACAACUUUGUGAGCAAGGAGAAAAUGGCAUAUGGAUGGUCAAGGAGAGUGUCUUACAAAAGUAUGGUAUCCAUAAGACUCGAUUCGACACGAUAUUUGCUGGACCCAUGCCAGACUUUUCUCCACGCCUCAAAAAACCGGUUAAGCACAAGCAGGAGUCUAUAGCAAAGUUUCUAACUCCAGAUAUAUCAAAACACAGGGUCUUUGAUAAGCCAGAUCCAUUAAAAAAAAUUAACGACAGUGGAAUGAUCAGCAAGAAAUCUAAAAAACAAAAAAUGAAUGGUAAAUUUAAAGAAGAUCUGAAAGCCAAAGCUCUGGAAGAAAAAGCUCGUCUGAAAGAAGCAAGGCUUGAAGAACGAGGUCGUAAGAAGGAAGAAAAACAAAAGCUUGCAGCUUAUAUGAAGGAGUGGAAUAAACCCAGAGAAGAUUUAGAAUGUGAAGAUCUCCGACAAAUUCCGGAUCCGACCCCCGUCAAAUGUUUCAUCCCUAAUGACAAAUUUGGCGACUUUGUCAUGAUACUGGAAUUUCUGCAAUAUUUCUACGAAGAGUUAGAAGUGGGCAGUUAUUUUCCAGGUGGAGUGAACUUGGACUUGAUGGAGAAAGCUCUGUUGGAGAAAGAAGUUGCAGGACCUUGGAGUGAUCUCUUGCAACUCUUGCUUGCAAAUAUUUUCAAAUUUCAAGCCGAGGAAGAAGAUGAAAUCCAUGCGGACGCUGCUAAUCUGACUGACGAUAAAAAUAUAGAUCACGGGGUUUCAUCUAUGGCUGAAGCUGUCAAAUUAGCCACAAUAGCUUCAUCUUGGUGUCAAACUCACCAUGGAUGCCAACUGGCCGAGCUAACUUUAGACUACGUCACAUUAAGUGAAAUUCUGCGACAGCAUCUCUUGAGUUCUGGCGGCAGGAUAAGCGAUGUAGCAUCUAAGUGGCGCUAUUCCCAAAGGGGUGGCUAUACAAAUCAUGACGAUCCAGUACUGCUCUUGAGAAUGAAGGAGGCGCAUAUACUUCGAACUCUGGGUCACAUGAAUGUCUGCGAAUUCGAGUUGGACGAUCGACUAAAGGUUGUCAGUUGUUUGAUUAAUCAAUUGCUUACGUUUGCAUCUAUUCGCGACGUGAUUGAUGAAAGAUACGACAAACUGCAUCAAGCAAAGAAGGAACUCAAGUUAUUCCUGAUAGCUGAGCAAAAGAAAGAAAAGGAAGAGAGGGAGAAAAUGAAGGAGAGAGAAAAAGAGGGAAAAGUAGAGGAAGAGGAGCAGAAACCUAAAAAAUUAACGAGAGGGAAUUACGAGGACGAAAAAAAGAAGGAGGAAUACGAAAACAAGUUGAAAGAACUACAGAUGGCAUCUCGAGACGAUCAAAUGAUGCUUUAUCUAGGUUCGGAUAGGGCACACAGGAGAUACUGGAGGUUCCUAUCUAUACCAGGUUUAUUUGUGGAGAAUGAUGAAAGAUGGCCGGGUGCUUGUCUCCCCGAGGGUACUCCGUACAAACCGGAGCUUCAAGACGAGUCCGGAGACGCGAUGUAUGCGUAUCUGAAGAAGAAGUUUAAAGACGAAUCCAGCGACAAGGAAAACAGUAUUAAGGAGCUGAAGAAGUCUCCAAAAAAAGUUGCCUUUUCUGAUAAAAACGGAUUAAAAUCACCGAGAAAAGAUCUUAGUCCUAAGAAAGAAGUAAAGAUGGAUUUCAAUGAUAUUAGGCAAAAGUUGAACGUGUGUACGGGAGAUAAAAAUUGCCCCAUUCAUUGUGCCACGACUGGACCGCAGUGGAGUUUUUACGGCUUGCAAGAAAAUAUCGAUAGCGUAAUUAAUGCCUUGAAUAAGAGGGGAAUCAGAGAAGGUGAACUCAGACAGACUUUGAUGCAAGAAGCAACGAGCCUAACGACAGCCAUUUCCGAAUGUCCCCGACACAAGUUGAAUCCCGAAGUGUAUAUGGAGCCGAUAAAAGAGCCGACAAAUAAGAAUCACAGGAAAAAUAAGUAUGACAACGUUAAUCUGGCUUUCCCACCUGGUACUGACAUUGAAGAGGUUCUAGAAUUAACGUUACGGGACUAUAUACUUGACCUAGAGGACAAAAUCAAAGUCGGAUGUCUGGGAUCCCUGAAAGUCAUCAGCCGAGAGGUGUGGAGAACGGCGAUAAAUAAGUGUGGCUACGAUAAACAGUGCGACAAGUUGGUCUAUGGAUUGAACGACACUGAGGCGGAUACCGCGUCGAAUCUUGUUCUGGAUAAAAUAAAGAAUGAGAACAGGAUGAGCAGACCUGGGACCCCGGAUUCUGAAAUCAGUAGCAGCGGUGUUAAAACUUAUCGGGAUCCGGGAAGAUAUCUAGGACCGCCGUCCGAAGACGAACCUGUACCAGAUCCAAAUCAGCAAAUCUCAAUCAAACAAUUAGCAUGCGCUAUCUUACAAAUAUCGCACGCGAUUGAACCGAAGUAUCUUAAAAAACCAUUGGGUGUAGAUGAUAAGGACAAGAAACCAGCUAGCGAGGACAUAGGCAGAGAUAGGUGGGAACAAUCACUGAUGGCUUCGACGAGUUGGUCCCAGUUGUUUGUACAUUUGAGCACCUUGGAGAAUAGCAUUGCAUGGGCCAGAAGUGCUUUGAAUGCGCAAUGUCGUAUCUGCAGAAAGCGCAGGGAUGCCGAGAACAUGCUACUCUGCGACGGAUGCAACAAAGGGCACCAUUUAUACUGCCUCAAACCCAAACUCAAUGCGGUACCAGAGGGAGAUUGGUUCUGCACGACAUGUAAACCCCGAGAGACAAAACCCAAGGAAAAGUCGAAGCGGAGAAAGAAAUUUGAAGACGAGGUGGAAGAGGAGGCGGUUCUCACCAAGGAGACACGGCGUAAUCGUGCCAAAAGAAUUCCCGAAAGUGAGGACGAGGAAGCCGAGUUACCGGAGGAUCCAGACGCGACGACGAGCCUUUGCUCAUUGUGCGGAAACGGAGGAAGGGUGAUAUGCUGUGAUGGAUGUCCGAAAGUAUUUCAUUUGGAAUGUACCGAGCCACCGUUGAAAAGAGUACCUCGUGGCAAAUGGCUGUGUCAUUUCUGUUUGAGGAAUAGGAGAACCAACUCUAUACACGCUUUGGGUAUGUUGCCAGCGAGAGGGCGCGAGAGGGAGAGAGACAGAGAAAGAGUGAGUGCAGCUGCUGCUCGUUCGCGUAUCCACGGCUUCGCCAAGAGUCUUCUGACUACCGAAUCCACAGACUGGGACGAGAGCAGUGUAAAUUCAGAUGACUUUGAACCGGUACCUCAACGGCAAACAAGGAGAUCCGCCAAGCGUGUAGCUGAUGCAUCGAUUGACGAGAAUAAAGAAGAUGCCAGCACUGUAAAAGGUUGUAUGGCAACUUUGCAAGAAUUAUUGGCGGAUAUCACGCACCACAGAGAUUCUUGGCCCUUCCUUUCUCCCGUUACAAAAGAUGAGGUUCCCGACUACCACGACAUCAUAUCGUGUCCAAUGGAUUUUGGGACCAUAAAGUACAAGCUUGGAAAAGGAGAUUAUCAAACGCUUAGAGAAUUUUACAGCGAUUGUAUUCUUGUAUUUGAUAACUGUGAGAAAUACAACCAAGAUCACAGUUCGGUUUACAAUACCAUUUACAGAGCUGGGACGAGAUUGUUGAAAUACUUUGAAAAAAGAUGCAAAGACUUGGGUUUGAACUACAAUGAACAAGAAGUAAGGGAACCAGAUACAAAAAAGCAGAAAAGUGAACCAAAUGGUGAGCUGAAAAGCGGUACCGAAGAUGAGGAGGAAGAUGAGAACUUGAAGGACAAUGAGGAGGAAGACGAUGUCGACGAAGAGGAUGAUGAUGCAGAUGAAGAUGAUGCAGAUGAAGAUGAUGAAGAGGAUUAUGAAGAAUCAGAGUCGGACGCAAGUUAAGUGCGACCCGUGAUUGACAGCAGUAACGUAGCAAAUCCAUCUGAGCAAUUCGCGAAUAACUCCAAUCAAGGCUACACGAGUUUUUCAAAUGCAGUAACAAUUGUAUUUAUUUUCAUUUCUCUGGCCGCUCGAAAAAGUAUUUCUAUAAUUAUCACCAGUGUUUCUCAACUGAUUUUAGCAAAUAUCAAGACUAAAAAUGUUACUUGUUACAUGUACGGGCAACGAUUGCUCUCAAAUUUAUUUUAUAAAACGGUUCUUGUAAGCUUGAAUUGAGAGGAUGUACAUUUUAUCACAAUAUUUAUUGAAAAUUUCAUACUUUUGAAUGGUAUUGAUGAGACUUUGCAACCGUUAAUAAAACUGAAAGAUUCUUACCGUUCUACAAGCGUUCCUACUUGCUGAAAACUGCUGGAAACUGUACGGAGGGGGGCAUAGUGGAUUGUUAUCUUACUUUUAUAGUGUGACAAUGAAUUUAAAUAUGCCUUAAGUAAGUGAUAGUCUGAUAUAAAUCGGAGAGUACCUACCUAUAACAGUAUACUUAAUGCAUAAUGCUAGUUUUUCUUUAGUUGGAAUUUUUUGCCGAGUACGACACGUGUAUUUUUGCAUUUACGAUAAUUUAUUAUUAUAAAAGUAGUUUUAAUCCGCCAAACCAGCCGGUUGUACGCUCCUUAUAGAGAUAAUGCUAAAGUUCCAGAGUAUAUUUCUUCAUUCAAAUUGGGCAUCAUUUUUUCAAUGUGUCUUCUGACACACGAGUAUACAAUAUAUCAUCGUAGUAAGCAUUUCUUCUGCACAGUUAUACAUAGAACAUUACCAUAUUAUAAAUAGGAUAUUUAAUGGAGAAUACGUAUGUCACCGAUAGCUCUCUUUCUUUCUCCUUAGCCUCUCGGCUCAUGGUGGAAUUUUUUUUUUUUUUUUUAUAAGUUUCGAAGGUACUUAUGCAUCUCUGUUCGAAAUAUAAUCAAUUUGCGAAUUUAGGCUGGGCCUACACAAAAUCGAGGGUACAAAGUGUCAAUGUCCGUUGUAUUGUAUAGUAUGAUUAAAGCGGUCCUUAAUUGUAAUGAUGUGCAUUUUAUACAAUUAUUAAUUUAGUAAUGAUGAAAUAUUUCAAUAAUAAAA